AUGGAAGCAUCGAAGUCGAAGAAGAGAGUUUGUGUCUCUCUAGUACCUCUCGCUCGACGUCCGCUUCGCUCGAGCCGUCACGUAGUCCCUACCACUCACAGAAAGCUACUGCUAGAGGUGGCGUUCAAGCUGCGGCCGUGCGAAGUCGAUGAGCUCCGGUUUUCCGUCAAGGAUGCGGUGCCUGACGAGACUGCGGCCGACGCCCUUACGGCGCUCGGGUUACUGGAGUGCCUGGAGCGCCACAAACUGCUCGGUCCGGAGAAAUACGCGAUCCUGCGAGGAUACUUGGAGGAAAUGGGCAGAAGAGAUCUCGCAGAUCGUCUUGCCCCUCCGGAAGAACUAGGGGCCUCCACCCGCACUCGCCCGGCAAUCCCCGGCACUCUUAGCCGUAUUGCGAAAUGUCUCGACAUCAAUUGCACGGUGUGGCCGUACAGCACGUACAGGAGGAACGCGCUGAAGGUGUUCAGGGAGCUAGGCGAAGGAGAAGUGGAGCAGGUUCGAUGGCUCUCGCAGGAUUUCUUUAGCGAGACGUCCUGGGCGAACGAAAUGACAGGAGUGGAGCUCCUGAACACAUUGGAGAGUAGUUGUCUACUGGGACCUGGAAACUACACGUUUCUCAUUGACUGCCUUGAAGAGAUUGGUCGCCCAGACCUGAUGAUUCACAUCAUGCCCCCCAGCCUCCCUCAUCUCCCUGCCUCCAUGGAUAUCCCCGCUCUUCUGCGCCACAGACACUUUGAGAACAUUGAACUAAAGAAAAAGCAGUACCAGUUUGGAAUAAGAAACCUGAUGAUGGUGACACAGAUGGCCUCACAGAACACUACACACAUGGCAGUUGGAUGGCAUAAGCGCAUUCUCGGAGCCCUUUCUCCAAAAUAUCUAGAAGCACACUCAAGUUUCAUUAUUGAAAACCUGCCAACAACCCUCAUCAACAUGUCUCUCCACAUCAACGAUCUCCUUGAUUCGGUCCAGGAAUACGAAAGACACGGCGACACGGCCAAGUUUGCCAGACAUGUCUCGGAUUGCGAGCAGCACCUCGAUAUCCUCCAGAGCCUAAUGGAGGAAAUUGAUUGGGACCACACCCCACGUAAGAGGGAGAGCAUUGCCACAUCUCGGCAGUACCAUCCUGUGAGGCAAGCCUCAUACGGAGCAUUCAGCGGCAUUGCAGAGCUCCUGCUCGAGUUCAGCGGUAGCAGAGAGCGACUGCAGGAAGAAUCGCGACUCUUAAGCAAGAAGCUCACCAGACUCGAAUCUCUCCUUCGUCUCUCUGGCUACAUGUGGUCGCUCACCUCCUGGUUGAUUGCCUUGCUCCAGGUGGCAGUUCGCUCCCCCGUGUCUCUCUCAAGGUACGACUCCCUAUUUCGGCUGUUGGUCCACCGAAACAGACACAUCAUCCGGAGCAAUAGUGAUAUGCUAGACACCGUCCUCAGUCCCACCUCUGUUGGGAGAGAGCUCUUGAAAGGAUUUCGCAAGAAUGAUCUGGUGACCAACCCCGAGGAAGGGGGCUCAGAUCCUGUCUUGCUUCACGUAGCUGCAACUCCCAUCCCAGUCUUUGCUUUUGUGCUCCUGCUACUCUCUCAACACCCCUCCCUUGCCUCCAGUGACCUGGAAGAGAUUGUAGCCUCUCUGAAAUUGUAUGUCAGCAGUCGAGAAGAGGGCUUCUGUAGGAUCAAUGGAGAUGUGACCAUGAUGGUACUGCAAGGCAUUGGCAGGGACAUUGAAACCUUCAGAUACUCAAAGAUUCAGGAGUUUGAGACACACAAUGUCCAUGGUCAUGGAAUCGCUGAUAUCUUCAACCUUUAG